GUUGCUUGUCGUCGCGUCGCCUGCCUCCUCUUCCUCCUCCUCCCCUGAACCCUCGCCGCCGCCGCCGCUCCGGGUCCGUGCCCCUGCUGCCUCCGCCGCGAUAGAGGGAGAGAGAAUAGAGAGGAUGGCCGGUGCCCUCGACAUGUCCCUCGACGAUCUCAUCUCGAAGAACAAGAAAACCCACCCGCGCCCCAGCGGCCGAGGCCCGACCUCCGGAGGCGGAGGCCCCGCACCCACGGCACCGCGCCGCCGCUUCAACGCCCGCGCCGCCGCAGCCCCGUACUCCCGCGGCACCACUUUCCCUUUCCAGGCGCAGGCGCGGCGGCCCAUGGCUUAUGCUGGAUACGGAUACGGAGCCGCCCAGCCCCAGCCGCCGAUGGACGCGCCCACCAAGCUCUACAUCUCCAACCUCGACUAUGGCGUCUCCAACGACGACAUCAAGGACCUAUUUUCUGAUGUCGGCGAUAUCCAGCGUUACUCCAUCAACUAUGACAGGAGUGGAAGAUCAAAGGGAACCGCAGAGGUUGUCUUCUCAAGAAGGUCUGAUGCUCUAGCUGCUGUUAAGAGGUACAACAAUGUCCAGCUUGAUGGCAAACCUAUGAAAAUUGAGAUCAUUGGGACAAAUAUUGAGGCACCACCAACGGCUACCUUCUCCUUCAACCCACCAUCUGGAAACUUCAAUGUGCCUUUUAAAAGCAGGCCCGGAAGAGGUGGUGAUGGAGGAUGGCCUAGGGGUAGAGGUGGAUUCGGUGGGCGUGGACGAGGGCAAGGGAGCCGUGGACGCGGGAGGGGAGGGCGUGGCAGUGAGAAAGUUUCUGCUGAAGAUCUGGAUGCGGACUUGGCAAAGUACCACGCAGCAGCAAUGGAGACCAGCUAAAUGAUUCUGGCACUGUGGCACUGAUUCAACACAGGCAAUAGGCCUUCCUCUGUCUCCUUUUGUUGGAAUGCUGAUGCAGACAUGUAUUGGUUCAUGAGCGGAGAGCGCUAAAGGCUAAGCUGUAAGAAGCUUUCUUUUUUUGUUUCACUGAGCAUGUUGGGUGAUGAGAUGAUGGUGGGCGGGGGGCUGAUUAUUUGGGAGACAAGGUGUUGCCUGUGACCAAAUGGGGACUCUCUUGUCCCAUUGUAUUUUUGUCAGCUUCUUAAUUGUAGUUUAGAAGCUUGUGGAAGGGGAUAGAAUAGAGACGAGACGUUUUAAGGUUUUAUUACAUUUGCAGUUGGAGGUGGAGCCUGGAGGUCAUCA